UCUACCAAUGAGACGAACUCAUUGACCAAAAUACGUGUGCAAGAGAGAGACCACCGGAGCACCAAACGCCACCCAACAACCACCCAUUCAAUUCUUCUAGAAAAGAACAUCUUCCUCAAAAUUAUCGAUGAAGGAUCGCUCCUCAGUAAUUGUUCGUUGAUCCUACAAAUUCAAUCACGGCUCUUCUUGAAUCUUUCGUUUGUAUUCUCACAAUUCAUCAUCACCGCAGAGUGUUGACCCUUAAUCCAACUCUUCUGGUGGACGAUAAGCACCGGACCCCUUCCCCUCACGGAGGUAGGGGUGCCUCACCCGCUGAAGGCGGUUGCCCCUCCGAUCUCCUCUUCCUCGCCGGCGGCGGUCCAAUUCUUCCUUUCUCUUUCUCCUUCUCCUAAUUUUUCGUAUAAGAACUGUAUUUUUGAUUAUCCAUCCAAGAACAGGACCGAUGUUGACUGUAAAGAGGGUGCCUACACUGGUUUCCAACUAUCAAGAGGAUUUUCUUGAAGGUAACGUCAUGGGUUGUGGCCGCAAGUGCCUCGGAAAAUGCUGCAUGCCUGUUUCAGUACUUCCUCUAUAUGCAUUCAAGAAUGAUGACAAUGAGCCAAUUGAAAAUGAUGUUCAAACCUUGCCUGAGGAGGAGGAGUGUCAGAUGUCAUUCUUGAACAAUUUGUUGUUGGGCUUAUGGGAGGAGCGGAUGAGCCAGGGACUAUUUCGAUAUGAUGUGACAACCUGUGAGACGAAGGUCAUUCCUGGGAGAUGUGGUUUUAUUGCGCAGCUGAAUGAGGGGCGCCACCUAAAGAAGCGCCCAACAGAGUUUUGCAUUGAUAAGGUUCUUCAGCCUUUUGACGAUAACAAAUUCAACUUUACCAAAGUGGGCCAGGAAGAAGUGCUUUUCAGGUUUGAACCAAGUACCGACUAUAAGGCCCAUUACUUUUCGGGCAUGCGAGUAAACAGUGGUAUUUCACCUAGUAUUGUUGCUAUCAAUGUGAGCCCAAUUGAGUAUGGGCACGUUCUUUUGAUACCUCGAGUUCUUGAUUGCUUACCUCAGAGAAUUGAUCGUGAUAGUUUUGCAAUUGCUCUCCAUUUUGCCAGAGAAGUGGCAGAUCCUUUCUUUAGGGUAGGUUAUAACAGUUUGGGCGCUUUUGCUACCAUUAACCACCUCCACUUCCAGGCAUAUUACUUGUCAGUGCCAUUUCCAGUUGAGAAAGCACCAAUACAGAAAAUACUGGCAAGGAAGGGGCUGGGUGGUGCUGGGGUGAUUGUAUCUAAGUUAUUAAAUCACCCUGUACGAGGUUUUGCUUUUGAGGGAGGAAAUGGAAGUACUGCCCGUGAUUUGUCUGAUGCUGUUGUGAAUUCCUGCAUUUCCCUUCAGAAUAAAAACAUCCCUUUCAACAUUCUCAUUGCUCAGUGUGGAAAGAAGAUUUUUCUGCUUCCCCAGUGUUAUGCAGAGAAGCAAGCACUAGGAGUUGUAGACCAAGAGCUCCUGGACACUCAGGUUAACCCUGCUGUGUGGGAAAUUAGUGGACAUAUAGUGCUUAAGCGAACAAAGGAUUACAAUGAUGCAUCUGAGGAAUAUGCAUGGAAACUUCUUUCUGAGGUUUCCUUAUCGGAGGAGAGAUUUGAAGAAGUGAAGGGCUAUAUUUCUGAAGCAGCUGAUUUACAAGCAGAGGAGGAUGAAAACAUCAAUCCAGAGAAGGAAAUUCCAGAUUCUCCUGGUCCGCAAGUGGCCUCACAUAUUCCUCCAGAUUGUUUGGUGUUGCAGUGAAGAAUUUGUGGCUUGCUCUUGCAAGAUCUAAUAAAAGUUUGAAGUAUUAUCUAGUGUAUGGUUGAAAUUUUGUGUGUUUGUUUUUCCAGCAUCUUGUUUGAUGCAUACUGUUGUCUUGGUUGGAGGUUGUAAUCCCCAAAUAGUGUUAACUUAAUGGCUGCGAGCUGUGGUCUUUGCAGGAUUGUUUACAGUACCUUUUUUGUUGGUGUUUUAACUGCUAGCAAAUGUUCCUAAUAAUAACACCAGUGUAGGACUAGCAAGUUUUGUGCUGGUGAGACUCCUCCUUGCUUUUGA